UUUACGGGAGUGUUGCGCGGGGGUGCCGGGCGCUCCGAGAUGGCGUCGCCCUUCAGCGGGGCGCUGCAAUUGACGGACCUGGACGACUAUAUCGGUCCCUCGCAGGAUUGCAUAAAACCCAUCAAGGUUGAUAAGAAGCCUGGGCAAGGAGCAGCCAAGAUCCGCAUUGAAGAUGACGGGACUUAUGUUCAGAUCAAUCAGGAUGGAGCAUCACAAAAACUCGAGAAGGCCAAAAUUACUCUGAAUGAUUGCUUGGCUUGUAGUGGCUGCAUCACAUCGGCUGAGAGUAUCUUAAUCACUCAGCAGAGCCAUGAAGAAUUCUCCAGAGCGUUAGACACCAAGAUGUCCUCAGGUUCUGCUCAGAAGAAGUUGGUCGUCGUGUCGGUGUCUCCACAGUCCAGAGCUUCACUUGCUGCAAGAUUUAAACUGACUCCAUUAGACACGGCUAAGAAAUUGACGGCGUUCUUGAAAGGGUUAGGGGUGGACUUCGUCUUCGACACGACAUUCUCGCGGAGCUUCAGCCUGCUCGAGAGCCAGCGCGAGUUUGUGAGGCGCUUUCGGAGGCAGGCGCAGGAUAAGCAGGCCUUGCCUAUGUUGGCAGCCGCCUGCCCAGGCUGGAUCUGCUAUGCUGAGAAAACCCACGGGAGCUUCAUCAUUCCACACCUCAGCACGGCCAAGUCACCCCAGCAGGUUAUGGGGUCCCUCGUCAAGGGCCACUUUGCCAGGCAGCACCAUGUGACGCCUGACCAGAUUUACCACGCGACCAUAAUGCCUUGUUACGACAAAAAGCUAGAGGCUUCCAGGCCAGAUUUCUUCCUCCAGGCACACCAGACACGGGAGGUGGACUGCGUGAUCACCACAGGAGAGGUACUGAAGCUGCUGGACAAGAAGGGUGCUUCCCUUUCUGAAGUGGAUCCUGCCCCUUUGGACAGCAUGUUCGGCAGCCUUCCUGCAGAGCAGCUGGCGGGGCAUUCUGGGGGAGGUUCUGGGGGCUACCUGGAGCACACCUAUAGGUAUGCGGCGAGGGAGCUCUUUGGCGUGCAGGUGGAGCAGCUGCAGUACAAGGCGCUCAGAAACAAGGAUUUUCAGGAAGUGAUGCUGGAGAAGGAUGGGGAAACAGUCUUGCAUUUCGCUUUGGCAUAUGGAUUUCGGAACAUUCAGAACUUAGUGCAAAAACUGAAGCGGGGGAAACUGCCAUAUCACUACGUCGAGGUGAUGGCCUGUCCUUCAGGGUGCCUAAAUGGAGGAGGCCAGAUCAAGGCUGAAGGGGAACCUGCUAAGGAUCUGCUCCAGCGGGUGGAGCAGCUGUAUGAAUCCGUCCUGCCUGAAAACCCCGAGACGAGCAGGGCCACGGCAGAGCUUUACCAGCAGUGGCUGAACGGCCCCACCUCCGAGCAGGCGCGAGAAGCGCUGCACACACGGUACCACGCGGUGGAGAGGAUCGGCACGGGUCUGAGCAUCAAGUGGUGACCAGGGGCCAGUGCGGCUUGGAGCCAAAGGUGCUGAGGUGCCUCCAGCCCAGUCGUGUUUUUACACUUACAACUUUUAAAGGAGAGAACUUUUAUACUUCGCAAAUCUGUUGCAAACACACAUUCGUACCAAAGAUCUGAAUAAAAAUGAUUGCGAGCUGUC